AUGGCCCCCCAAGCGGAGGUGGAAGUGGUCAGCGUGGAGUUUGUGAACCCUCCGCCACUUGCUGAUGAUGAUGGCAGUGCGGCAAUAAUAAACCCCCGGAUAAUUGGCGGGGUUGAUACAACCAUAGAACGACACCCUCACACUGUACAGGUAAUUUUCGGUUCGGCCCUACAAUGCGGAGGUUCAUUGAUAACCAUGAGACAUGUACUAUCCGCUGCACAUUGCUUUUGGCAGGGGACCGGCAUAGUCAGCCCUAGAUAUUACAGCAUCAGAGCUGGAACUACAAAUCUUAACUCAGGAGGCAGAACGGUUUCUGUAUCUAUGAUAAUAGUCCAUGAACGUUACAACCCAACAAUUCACGAUUGCGACAUCGCGGUGCUGGUUCUAGGUUCGACUCUCAAGUCGGGCAAUCAGAUCAGGGCCAUCGCCAUUCCGGCACAGGGAUAUCAGCUACCGAACACUGCUAUGGUCACUUAUGCCGGAUGGGGCAAGACUAGUAUUACUUCAGAACAACCAUCUCGUAUCCUCCAAGAGGUGACGGUCCCAAUAGUGAACUUGACAAUAUGCGCGGAACGUUACGCGGAGCUGCAGAUUUCAACCGGCCAGCCGAUGUUGAUCACUAACAACAUGUUCUGCGCAGGUCUACUAGAUGUUGGUGGUAAAGAUGCAUGUCAGGGCGACAGUGGUGGGCCCAUUGUUUACAAUUCGGUGCUGGUGGGGGUCACAUCGUGGGGCUAUAGUUGCGCGCUCCCCAGGUACCCGGGGGUGAACGCUAGGGUUGCCAGUUUCAGUAAUUGGAUCAAUACCACAGUGGUGCGGUAUAAUGGUAGCGGUGGUCUACAAGGUGUGGCCAGCAGCCUGCUACUGAGCGCUCUCUUAUUAGCCCUGUACCAGCAGAAGUUAUAAAGGAUCACAUUACACGAUUUAGCCUUAUUUAUAAAUAUUUUGGACUAUUCUUUGUCGAGUUCCUAAUUUGUAAAAAGGAAUAAACCAUUAAUGACCGUGCUCUGUGCGAAAAUAUCUGUGUAAUGAUUUUAAUUUUUUUUUUCAUUAAAUCCGCAUAUUGCUAUAAUAUAAAUUCGAUAAACAUAAUUACUAUAAAUGAUGUAUGAACAUUGAACAUAU